AUGUAUAAUAAAGUCGAAAUUGUAGUUGAAGCUAUUCCAGAAGCAGUAGAUAAAAUUAAGGAUGCAGUAAAAACAAUAAAUUCUUCAGAUAAGACUUCUAAAGAAAUCGUUGUAAUCACUAGCAUAUCUUACAAAUUAAUACCUCAAAUAGUAACAUCGGUAUCGAUUCUAGUUAAUGAAAUUUCGCAGAUAUUUGAAAAGGCGCAAUGUAAUAAAAAUAUUUGCUCAGCUUUAAAUGUCCGAGUAAGAAAUAUAGAUAUCGCAGUAAAAUUCUUGAGCCAGAGAAUAGAAAAAGAUAACAAAGAAUCUGAGAAGAUUUGUUAUCAACUCAUAUCACAAUUUAAAAUUUUAUUAGAGAAAAUUAAAAUUUACGCAAUAGAUAUUUCACAAAUACAGCGAGUCAAACUAUUCUCAAAU